AUGGCCUGCGGGCGCUGCGCGCUUUUCCUGCUUGGGGCACUAGCCCUGGACGCGGCCGGGCUGGCGUUGGUGCUGGUGGGGUCGGUGGUGCAGCCGGCCCGGGCUGGGCGGCCGUACGGGGACUGCCUGGUGCUGUCCGGCGCGCUGCUGCUCUUCCUCUCGCUGCUCUGCUGGCUGCUGUGGUACACCGGGAACCUGCGCGGGGUGCCGGCCUCCGAGCUGCCCCCGGGGGCCCGCAGCCCCCCGCCCGGGCCGCGCUCUAGCCUGCUCCGCCUGGCUAGUAAACUCUCAGAGCGCCUGUCCCAGCGCCGCCCGCCGCUGCCCUGCCCUUCCCCGCCGGCCCCCGGGUCGCUGGAGCUCCCCUGCCUGUGCGCCAUGGAGAGCCCGGUGGCGCACGGGGACCGGCUGGUGUAA